UGUUUUCUCUUCAAUUUUAGAUUAGCUUUCAAAUCAAUCUAACCAAAACCAAACAUAAUAUUCUAUCUAGCUUUACCAACAUACGCGAAGGCAGAUCGGUUUUUGUUAGUUGAUAACGCGUGAAACGUUAUAUAAUAGCUCUGGUUACGUACAAUUUAUAUAAUUAUACGUAAGUUUUGGUUAUUUUUUCCCAGUUUUUUUUAUUAUUUUUGCUUUAAAAAGUCAACAAAGUAGUCAGGAUUUCCUGUAAUAAUGGGGGACCCAGUGGGGAAUGCUUCGUUUGCAGCUGGAAUGCCAGCGUGGGAUACUAAGCCCCGUUAUGUGCCGGGAGUGCUGGUGGGGAACUGGUACGAAGAGCGGAGGAGAUACUCGAAGGAUGCGAUGAAACACAACAGCUCUUACAGGACGGAUUACAAUCCCUAUUCAGGUGCGUCGCCGGACCAUUUGGUGAGACGAGGGGCGGUGCACAAGGGGGACGGAAUGGGCAAACAGCACUUGUUCGGACACCAUGGUAAGAAGUACUCGAACAACCUCAUCACCUGGUACGACCAAGAGUACAACGGCAGAGGACGACCCAAAUCACAGGGUCUACCCGAAGCACGCGAGUGGAAAGUGGGAACCCAGAUGGCGUGGGUUCCAGAGAAGUCGGACUUCCCCAUCUUUGGGGAGCCGACUAACUGGGGUCUGGCUCAAAGCAAAAUAGCAGACUGGCACAAGGAGAACUGCAAAAGCGCAACUCAAACAGGCCAGACAGAUUUCACGACAACUCACAAGUAUUUUUACGGAAAGGUUCCCGAGCAAACGAGAGUGGAUAGAUUCUACAUUGGAAGGUCGUUGAACAAACAGAAAUCAACUGUUUUGCCGAUUACGGAAAGAACAGUGAACGCAAUGGCGACAGCAGCUUGAUGCAAGAAACAAACUUUAAAAAAUGUCCGAAAUCAAUUAACAGUUGUUCAAUGAUCUGUAAUGCUAGUAAAUAUUUCAUAAUGAA